ACAAUUUAUUUCUUUAAAUUUUUAAUUAAAUGCAAUUAUAACGAUUUACAGUAAUAAAUUGAACACUUGUUACUACAAAAUACAUAUUUAUUGUAAUAGAAUAGAAAUAAAAAUAAAUUGUACAAAAUUUAAUCCUAACCUAAAGACAACAACAAUGAAAGAAAAAUGAAUAACAAUAAGAAUGACCAAAGACAUGAAAAGAAAGAGAAGCUCAACAACGACCUUGAUUAGCAACAACAUCCCCACGAGAAGGCUUCGAAGUUCACAUGCUUCACCAUUCUCACCGAAACUUUGGAAACCAUUUUUAUGGCAACCCAGUUGGUCGUUUCUUACAAAAGACUCCCUCCGAUUAAGAAGAAUAUGAGCAAGAGGGAUACCUCCAAAAAUUUUCGAUUUCACAAGGAUUUCGGCCAUGACACAAAUGAGUGUAACAAUCUGAAGGAGGAAAUCGAGUUCCUCAUCAAGAGAAACAAUUUACAUUUGCAUCGGUAUAUUCAAGUCGACUAGAACCAAGUUGUCACCCCGCAAGACAAUAAUUAGAACCACUUGAUGCCUCCACCAGUAGACAACAUUUACAAGUGAUUAUUAGGGACCUGCAUAUAGCUAAAGAUUUGAACAAAGCCAUGGAAAGGUAUGCUCGGACUCUCCGACAUGAACAAAAGGAAGAUGAAGUUUUGACCAUAGAAGAGCGAAAUCCAAUCAAUCCGCAUAGGGACGAUCCAAUCAUAUUGCUCAAUGGAGAGGGCACUGCCCACGUUAUCUACCCGCACAAUGACCCCCUAAUUGUCCAAGUACAAAUUGGAAACAUAACAGUGACUCGGUCCAUGAUCGAUAAUGGAGCUUCAUCAAAUAUCCUUUUCAAAACAAUUUAUGAAACGAUGUGACUUCAACUCAAAGAUUUAGUACCUUGCACGCAACUAGUGUUCGACUUCUCCAAACAGAGUAUUGCUUCACUCGGACACAUUUGACUUCCUUUCACAGUAGGAAAAAGUCCGACUACCAAUACGGUAAUGGCCUAAUUUUUAGUAAUUGACGUACUCUCUGCCUUCAAUGUCAUGAUAGGCCGACCAACUCUAUAUGACUUAAAGAAAAUCACCUCAAUAUACUACCUUUGCCUAAGGUUUCCGACAAGAUUUAGAGUCGGAUGCCGGGGAGAUCAAAGGGCUACACUAUUACAAUCUCACCUUGACAAAAGCAAAGAAGGAAGAUCAACUCGACCAAGAGUCAAGAUCCGAGCAAAGUAGUGAAAAAUAGGAGUUCACCCAAAGUGAGAGUAAAAAUUUUUCCGUAUUGACAUAUUUUUGUAAUUUUUAUUUUUAAAAUUUUUACUCGGUAAAUUUUUUUAAAAACUUCUCCCUCUUAUUUCCUUAAUUAUUUUCAUAUAAAAAUAAUUAUUGAAAAAUAUAAAAAUAAUUAGCUAUGGCUACCUCUUCCUUGCUCAUUCCUUAACUACAUACAAAGACAAAGAAUGUAACUUCUUCGAACAACAACAAUUAUCAAAGCUUUCGACUUUGAGCUCUUCGUUUCUGAUUUGUACUAUUUGUGGUUUGUUGAGCUCUGCUAUGAACAUGGAAGCUUUCAGAUCCCAAAAAGGUCCAACUUAUCUCAUAAAACCAUAUUUACAUAACUUUGCUAAUCUUUAGAGAUGUUGCUGAGAUUUCCUGCCCAUUUUCAAUUCAUGGGAAUCUCACAUUUCUCAGUCUUGAUCUCCAAACCUUGUUUUAAAUGCUUAGGAGGGUUUAUGGGUUUGAUGAGUUAUGCUACAUUGAGUGAUUCCAAUUACAAGAUGUUGUUUUCUGAUUAUCUUAGGAAUAAAAGAGUAGAUGAAGCUAGGGAGGUUUUUGAUCGAAUUCCUUAUCCGAAUGUGUAUUUGUAUUCGAUGAUGAUAUCGGGUUAUGCUAGAAAUUGUCGGUUGGGUGAUGCGUUGAAACUGUUCGAUGAAAUGCCUGUUAGAGAUGUAGUUUCUUGGAAUUCAAUGAUUAAAGGGUGUUUGGAUUGUGGGGACUUAUCUAAGGCUUUAGAGAUUUUUGAGAACAUGUCUGGAAAGAAUGUUGUUUCUUGGACUACAAUGAUUCAUGGGUUGAUGCUGUUUGGGGAAGUUGAGAUGGCUGAGAUCUUGUUUCGGAAGAUGCCCACGAGGGAUGUGGCUGCUUGGAAUUCGAUGAUUCAUGGUUAUUUUAGUAAUGGUAGAGUGGAAGAUGCUGUUAGCUUGUUUGAGGUAAUGCCUUGUUGUAAUGUAAUUUCGUGGACUUCAAUGAUCGGCGGGCUUGAUCAGAACGGGAAGAGUAACGAAGCUUUGGCUCUAUUCGAAAAGAUGAUGUGUUCUGGUUUCAAACCAACUUCAACCACAUUGUUAUGUGCUUUGACUGCCUCAGCCAAAGUACUGGCUUUAAAUUCGGGUGUUAAAAUUCAUGGCCAAAUUGUUAAGUUAGGCUACUGCUUUGACGAGUUUUUAUCCGCUUCUCUAAUAACCUUUUAUGCUAAUUGUAAGCAAGUAGAGAGUACUUGCAAGGUUUUCAAGGAGAAACUGCACAAAAAUGUGGCAGUUUGGACAGCCCUUGUAACUGGAUUUACCUUGAAUGGAAAACCUGAAAAUGCUUUAGAGGUUUUUCGAGAUAUGAUGAAAUUGGGUGUCCUUCCAAAUCAGUCUUCUUUCACCAGUGCUUUGAAUGCAUCUUGUGGAUUGGAGUCUCCUGAUAAAGGCAAGGAAAUCCAUUCAACAGCAGUAAAACUAGGUUUCGAAACUGAUGUGUUUGUGGGUAAUUCUCUUAUUGUCUUAUAUAGUAAAUGUGGUAAUAUAAGUGAUGGGAUAUCUGUGUUUAUGAGGAUUGGUGAGAAGAACAUUGUCUCGUGGAAUUCAGUUAUCAUGGGAUGCGCACAACAUGGUUGCGGGAUAUUGGCCUUGACUCUGUUCAGCCGAAUGAUGCGUAUAGGGGUUGAGCCAGACGAAAUCACAUUCACUGGCUUGCUUUCUGCGUGUAGCCAUUGCGGGAUGUUACAGAAAGGAAAAGGCUUUUUUAAAUUUUUUAGUGAAGCGAAAGCUUUUGAGGUGAAACGCGAACACUAUGCUUGUAUGAUUGAUGUCUUAGGGCGAUGCGGGAAGUUGGAAGAGGCAGAAGAGUUAGUAAGAAACAUGCCUUUUGAAGCAAAUUCGACUGUAUGGCUAGCUUUACUUGGCGCUUGUAGGAACCAUUCUAAUUUGGAUGUGGCUGAAAGAGCUGCUCGGAACAUUUUUGAGUUGGAACCACAUUGUAGUGCUGCUUAUGUACUGUUGUCAAAUAUCUAUGCUUCUGCAAAUAGAUGGAGCGAUGUCUCGAGAGUUCGAAUGAUGAUGAAAUACAAUGGCGUUGUAAAACAACCGGGCUCUAGUUGGGUCACUCUAAAGGGAUUCAGACAUGAAUUUCUUUCUGGAGAUAAAUCCCACUAUCUCACCGAAAAAAUAUAUAAAAAACUAGAUUGGUUGGGAAUUAAGUUGAAGGAAUGUGGUUAUGUUCCUGAUCAGAAGUUUGCUCUACAUGAUGUGGAGGCUGAACAAAAAGAAGAGAUGUUGUCUUACCAUAGUGAGAGGCUUGCUAUUGCAUUUUGCUUGGUUAGUACCCCCGAGGGAGACACAAUAACCGUGAUGAAGAACCUUCGUGUAUGCGGGGAUUGUCACUCUGCCAUCAAGCUUAUAGCAAAGAUUGUUGGGCGCAAAAUCGUUUUAAGAGAUUCAAGCCGAUUUCAUCACUUUAGCAAUGGUAUCUGUUCUUGUGGCGAUUACUGGUAAGUAAGGUGAUGUGGGGCAAUUAACUUGGUGUAAUCAAGUGGUAAUAGCUGCUGAGUUCUUAGCAGGAAAGGAAGGCUUUGGUUUGAUUGUGGUGAUUAUGGAAAUUACAUCGACACCCGAGAAGGCUAAGGCUAGAAACUGAUUUCCUCGCGUUGUCGAAGACCUUGCACGCUCAAUCUGAGGAGCAAACAAUGUCAAUUCACCAGAACUUGCAACAAUAUAAGAACUUGCAAGCAAUCAAGGUUACUUGAUCGACAAGAUUCUCAUGAAGAUUAUUACUACACAAACUCGCAAAUAUUCCUACACCAACUUCACAAUCUCCUCCCUCUAAGGAAGGCGAAAACCAAUGAUGAGUUCUUACUUGUGAUGCAAGAAAUCAGGAGUUCUUGGAUUAAAAAUGCCAAAAUUCGUGAUAGGAAGAUAAAGAAAUUGGCAAGGGCUUUGAAAGUCGGUAUUAAUAGUUAUGAUGAUGAUCAUGAAGGAGUUGAAAAGAACAAGUGGACUAUGAUUGAUGUUAUGAAGAUGUAUGGAUUUGCGAAUCUUGAAAAGGCAAAAAAUGAAGAGAAGAUUAUAAGGAAGUUGAAGGAGGUAGAAUUAAGUACUUUGUGUUUGUCAACUUAUUGCGAGUUAUUAUCACCCGAGAUUGAUGACAUUCUAAGGAGAAAGAAGAGCAAUCUUGGCGAGUUCUUGAAGCUGAUGAACGGGAUUAGAAACUCGAGUGAGCUCGAUGUGGAGAUAGAGGAAGCUAAUCACGAGUUAUUGUGGUGGUUGUACUAUGUUGAGAGAGAGAUCUUUCUUCUUGUUAAUGAUUUGACUUUUGUUAACAAUAAGUGCCCAUUAAUUGGUUUAAUUAGAAAGCUUAAAGAGCUUAAACAACAAGAACAAGGGAAGGUGGCUUUAGUGGUGUAUAGGAUACUAUUUUUACUAGAAGAAAAAAUGAAAGUUGAUCAUAAAGGCUUAUACAUGGAUGAAGUUGAAUUUGGAUAUUUAGUGCUUCAGCUAUACAAGAUGAUUUUGUUGUGCACA